CGGAAAUCGAAUUAUUAAAACGGAAGACUAAAGUUUCCGUUGCAAAUUUUUUUCACUUAAAAAAUCAGCUAAAAAAAUAAACAACUUGCCGGUCCAUUAAAUUCAGAGCAACCAUGAUUGAUCCCAGUUCAAGCGAAGAGGAGGGUGAUGAUGAUUCUAUUACUAAUGUGUCGUCUAAUAAGGGACGCCAUCAUAUCCAGCCGUCCAAUAAGAGUGGCCCUGGCAACGCAGUUUCCAUACCACUUUCUUGUCUGGGCUCUAAUAUACCAACGUCUAACUCUAAUGGGGACCUAACUGGAAACCUUAGAAACUUAGCGAAUACGAAUACAACGCCUGUCAGCAAUCGGGUUGAUGCUAGCCAAAAUAGUGUUGCGGGUGGUGGGGUUUGCGCUAACAAGAAUCAAGAUCAAAUACAAGGUACUAAUAGAGUUGAUGGAGGCGGUCUUGAGGUGCCCAACAAUGGAAUUCCCAGUGGCAUUUCGCAAGAAACUCUGAAUCAAAGUAUUGGUUCCUCAAGGGCUAAUUCGCUGCCGCGUCCACUGUCGCCUUCGCCUUCUCUAACCAGCGAAAAGCAAGAAACUGGGGAUCCACAUGACAAGCAUGAACGUGAAGAAGAUGAACGCAAACGACGAAUUCAGCUUUAUGUGUUUGUUUCACGCUGUAUUUCAUAUCCAUUUAAUGCUAAACAGCCCACAGAUAUGACAAAACGACAGACAAAAAUAACCAAACAGCAAUUGGAAAUAAUUACUCAGCGAUUUCAGGCCUUUCUUAAAGGCGAAACACAAAUAAUGGCUGACGAAGCCUUCCAAAAUGCCGUUCAAAGCUAUCAUGAUGUGUUUUUAAAAUCGGAGCGUGUUCUGAAGAUGGUUCAGUCGGGUGCCUCAUCGCAACAUGAUUUUCGUGAAGUCUUUCGAAAUAAUAUUGAGAAAAGGGUGCGAUCCCUGCCAGAGAUCGAUGGGUUAAGUAAGGAGACAGUUUUAACCUCUUGGAUGGCGAAAUUCGAUAUAAUACUAAAGGGCAGCGGUGAGGAGGACUCAAAGCGACCGUCCCGUAUGCAACAAUCGUUAAAUAGUGAACUAAUACUAUCCAAAGAGCAACUCUAUGAUAUGUUUCAACAAAUAUUAUCGGUGAAGAAAUUUGAACAUCAAAUUUUGUACAACGCGCUAAUGUUGGACUCGGCGGAUGAGCAGGCCGCUGCCAUAAGACGCGAAUUGGAUGGACGAAUGCAGCGUGUGGGCGAAAUGGAAAAAAAUCGCAAGCUAAUGCCAAAAUUUGUAUUAAAAGAAAUGGAAUCUCUAUAUAUUGAGGAAUUGAAAUCGUCUAUAAAUUUGCUGAUGGCGAAUUUGGAAUCUCUGCCAGUUUCGAAAGGAAAUAUGGAUAGUAAAUACGGACUUCAGAAACUAAAGCGAUAUAAUCACAGUACUCCGUCGUUUUUAAAAUUAAUACUACGUUCGCAUGGCUCAUUGUCUAAGCUGGAAGGCGACUCUGAGGAUGGUUCAACACAGCUAACAAAAUUAGAUGUAGUUCUGACAUUUCAAUUGGAGGUUAUUGUUAUGGAAGUAAAAGGUCUUAAAUCUCUAGCACCAAAUCGCAUAGUUUACUGCACAAUGGAAGUGGAAAAUGGCGAAAAAUUACAAACGGAUCAAGCGGAGGCAUCGAAGCCCAUGUGGGACACACAGGGCGAUUUUACAACCACACAUCCACUACCUGUUGUUAAAGUAAAACUUUAUACGGAAAAUCCGGGGAUGUUAGCAUUGGAGGAUAAGGAACUAGGGAAAGUAACCUUAAAACCAACGCCUCUAUCAUCCAAAUCCCCUGAAUGGCACCGAAUGAUUAUACCGAAAAAUCUCCCAGAUCAAGAUAUACGUAUAAAGAUAGCUUGCCGACUCGAUAAGCCUUUAAAUAUGAAGCAUUGUGGUCAUCUUUAUGCCAUCGGUAAAUCUGUUUGGAAGAAAUGGAAAAGGCGGUAUUUUGUCUUGGUUCAAGUAUCACAAUACACCUUUGCCAUGUGUAAUUAUAAGGAGAAAAAAUCUGAACCAUCGGAGAUGAUGCAAUUGGAUGGAUAUACUGUAGACUACAUAGAAGCUGCCAGUGCAAACCUGAUGUUUGGAAUUGAUCUAAAUGGGGGACGUUACUUCUUUAAUGCUGUUCGUGAGGGAGAUAGCAUUUCAUUUGCCUGCGACGAUGAAAACGAGUGCAGCCUUUGGGUGAUGGCAAUGUACAGAGCAACAGGACAAUCGCAUAAACCAACGCCACCAAUAACCCAGGAUAAGAAUUCAGCGUUAUCAAAAAUUCAAGGUGACGCAGACAAGGCGCGAAAACAUGGAAUGGAGGAUUUUAUAAGCACCGAUCCCUGUACUUUUGACCAUGCCGCACUUUUUAAAACCUUACAGAACCUAACUCUUGAGUAUAGGCUUAACGAUCCAUAUGCAUCUUUGGGCUGGUUUAGUCCCGGACAAGUUUUUGUGUUAGAUGAAUAUUGUGCCCGUUAUGGGGUCCGUGGAUGUUAUCGUCAUUUAUGCUACCUUUCGGACUUACUAGAUCGAGCCGAAAAGCAACAUAUGAUUGAUCCGACGCUAAUACAUUACUCAUUUGCAUUCUGUGCGAGUCAUGUUCACGGAAAUCGGCCCGACGGUGUUGGCAGCAUAACACAUGAAGAAAAGGAAAAAUUUUCGGAAAUCAAAGAGCGUUUGCGUCAACUUCUGGAGUUUCAAAUAACUAAUUUUCGAUAUUGUUUCCCUUUCGGCCGCCCUGAAGGUGCGCUAAAAGCCACUUUAUCUUUGUUGGAAAGAGUGCUUAUGAAGGAUAUAGUGACACCGGUGCCACCUGAAGAAGUUCGAUUAAUGAUCAAGAAAAGUUUAGAGACAGCAGCACUGGUAAAUUAUACACGCUUGUCGAAUAAAGCCAAGAUUGAAGAAGAUUUACGUGGCGAAAUUAUAGUACCAGCGCCAAAAAAACUGGAAGACCUAAUACAUUUGGCCGAACUAUGCGUUGACUUGUUGCAACAAAACGAGGAACAUUAUGGAGAACUGCGCAAACACGAUAAAUUGGAUAAAAGUAAAAUGGGUAAGAAGCAAGAUUGCAAUGUGUCAGGGGAAGAGGAACUCUCCGAAAGCGAGGCCAAUCCUGGAGUAAACACAACAAGUGACCAACUGGUUAAAGCUAAAUCAACCGAGGAAUCUUCUUCAUUUCGUUACUGUAUGCCGACACACGCAGUCUAUACUACGCCAGUACAAACGGCAUUUGCGUGGUUCAGUGACUUGUUGGUUGAACAUGCUGAGAUAUUUUGGUCUCUUUUCGCCGUUGACAUGGAUCGGGUUUUAUCGGAACAAGCGCCUGAUACCUGGGACUCAUUUCCAUUGUUUCAAAUUUUAAAUGACUAUCUAAGGGCUGAUGACAAUUUGCGCAAUGGCCGAUUCCAUCAACAUCUUCGCGACACUUUCGCUCCUCUAGUUGUACGCUAUGUGGAUCUCAUGGAAUCCUCAAUAGCUCAGUCGAUUCACAAGGGAUUCGAGAAGGAGCGAUGGGAGAGCAAGGGGAUUAAUGCAGCCCUGAACCCGACAGCAUUAAAUAACGCUGCUCAGGCGUUAAAUACGGCAGCCCUCAACCCAUCAUCGCUACUAAGCGGGCAAAAGAAAGAUCAAAUCAAUUUUUAUGUGCCAAAAAUGCAAAAAAAAACAGCAGCACCUUCGACUACCGACGAUUUAAGAAAUGGCUGUGCCACAUCGGAGGAUUUAUUUUGGAAGCUCGACGCCUUGCAGUCGUUCAUAAGAGACCUUCACUGGCCGGAUGCGGAGUUUCGUCAGCAUUUGGAACAGCGUUUAAAAAUGAUGGCCGUGGAUAUGAUCGAACAGUGUAUUCAACGCACGGAUGCGUCCUUUCAAUCGUGGCUAAAAAAGAAUAUUGCCUUUAUAUCAACUGAUUAUAUUUUGCCAUCGGAAAUGUGCGCAAUGGUUAAUGUGAUAUUAGAUGCUAAAAAUCAAAGCUUUAACUUAACCACGAUCGACGGCAUUGAUUUGUACAAAUUCCAUGCAAAAAUUGACGAUCAAAUUGACAAAGCGAAUGUAGCCAUGACACAAGGUCUUAAUAGUAAACUUAUGUCAGUGCUAGAGUCGACCUUGUCCAAACUAGCCCGUUAUGAUGAAGGCAGUCUAAUCGGGUCGAUACUAAGCUUUACGAAUGUCUCGAGUUCGGGCAAAGACUUGGGACAGGGCUAUGUGAACUUCUUUCGAAAUAAUAUGGAUCAAAUACGAGGCAAGAUCGGCGAUGAUCUUUGGACAUUGAAUUUCUUUGAACAUUGGUAUGGCCAACAAGUAAACAUGCUUUGCAAUUGGUUAUCGGAGCGUUUGGAUCAUUCUCUGCAUUAUGCGCAAGUUUCAUCAAUUUCGCAUAUUAUAAAGAAAAUAUAUUCCGACUUUGAACUGCAGGGAGUAUUGGAAGAUAAACUGAAUUCAAAGGCAUAUCAGGCGGUUGCCCAACGUAUGGCCACCGAGGAAGCAACUUGUGCUUUAACAAUGCCCGAAGUGACCGAAGGCGACGAACCCUGUGAUGACCUUCGCGAAGGUGACGAAGAAGAUAAUGGCGAUGAAUCUACCUCUAAUAUUCCAAGAGGCUUACCAAAGCCAAAAGUCGCAGCGGCUCAGGCGGCCGCUGUUACCAAUGUCGUGGCCGGUCGUGUGGGAAAUUUAUUGGGCAAAGGCAUUGGCGGGCUUAGUUCAAAACUAGGCGGUGGCAGUUGGUUUUAAAAUGUGAAAAAGUCUUUAAAAAAUCAUAGUGUAAUUUUUAACUUGGAAUUCGAUUUGUAUAUCAUUCUAUUUUCAAGAAAUUAUUUAAUGCAA